UCUCCUGCCUGCGUGUCCAGGGCCGGCCCACCAGCCGCGGAAUCUUUCUGAAUACCUUAGAACGAGCGCCACCUUUACCCGCCAUUCUAAACGAACGUUGACAAAACAGACGCUUGGGAGAUGGUUUCCAUAGCAACAAGCACCGCCCAAACCCCCCCAUGACAGAAAUUUCUGGAGGUCCUAGGCAAGCAAGAGGGAGGGGCUAACUGAGCAACUAUGGCGAUGCACAGGAUCUGGCAGGCACGGGGGAGGGAAGUGACAGCCCCAGGCAGACAGGUAAUGAUGAUCGAUCAUGGCAUCGCUGAUGCGAAAACAAAAAGCCACGUCGGACUGCAUGAGUUAUGCACCUUGGCAAAUUCUGUAAAAUCCUUUCUGGGACCCAACAAAGCAUACAAGUUCAUCUUUGACCACAGUAGCAAUGAGUGUACAUUGACUUGCUCUGCCUAUAGACUUCUGGAAGGCCUGGAUUUGAGCAGUGCUGUUGGACAACUUCUCAAUGAAACUGUUCAGGUUCAUCAUAAGACUUAUAAAACUGGAACAACAACUCUAUUUUUUCUUGUUGGAGCCUGGAGUACCUCUAUACUGGAAUGUCUACGCCAAGGAGUACCUAUUCCAUUAAUUGUCUCAGUCAUGUUAGAGGGGCUCAGCUCAUGUAUUGAGGAAGUUCAGUGUUUGCAGGAGGUUGUGAGCAAUGUACUUACUGCUAAAGAUUUUAAAAAGAAAAUGACAGAGGACAUGAUCAAAAGCCACUCCGAUUCAAAGAGUUCUAAUAGCAUGGCUGACUUGGCUUACUGCCCUCAGUCCUACCUUAAAUAUAAGAAAGACACAUCUGUGAACCAAAUGAACAGAGUGCAUUCUAACAGACAGGCUUGUCGAAGUAACAAGCUUUCUCAUAGUAGGUACUUUUUAGGUGCUCAGAAAGGUAUUCAGAAUCAGACAUGUGAAAGUCCCUGCUACAGUCACACCCUGGGAAUUCUGACGAAAGCUUUGAGUCAUGGCAAUCAAGAGGUUAUGAAUCAGGUUGAAAAAGCUAUUGACCAUCUUUGCAAAGAGACUCAAAAAAUGCACAUUGAACGAAAGACCUUCCAUGCAUCACAGUUUCAUGUAUGUUGCUUGCCAGGUCUAUCAGAAGUACAUCUGAAAGCUUCUUCUGGAUAUAUAACUUUAAUUCCCCUAGACUGUGCUGCUAUCAUUAAAGUUCUAGAUGGCAAAUCCUUGCGUGUGCUUCUGUUAGAUGGAGAUUUGACUGAACAAUAUCGGCAUUUGGGCUUUAAUCGGGCAACCAAUGUAAAGGUGACGUCUGAUAUUGUCAAUGUUGGUGAAACUAUGUCAAGAGAAUUCUGGGCACAGAGUGCUUGUAGGAAUAUCAUGGAAGCCAAUGUAGACUUGGUUUUAGUUAGAGGGGAUGUCUGCCCAGCACUUUCGACACUUUGUAUUCACAAGAAAAUCCUUGUGGUUACUCAUGUGAAGCAAAAUGUUCUCCAAGCUUUUAGUGAGGCCACAGGAGCAGAACCUAUAGCAUAUUUAUCACAAAUCAACCAAUGCUGUGUAGGAGGUGGAGCUUUUGUAAGCAUGUGGACCAAUGGGAACUCGGUAGUAGAAACAAGACAGAAAAUCGCUGUGACUAUUAAUGCAAAUAGAGUAAACCUGGUCACAUUUAUACUUAGCAAUAGACUAGUAUCUAUGUUGCAAAUCAUAGAAGAUCAAUUUUGGACUUGUUUAUAUAGAAUACACAAUGCUCUGCAGGACCAAAAGGUGUUUUAUGGAGGAGGUGCAGUUGAACUGUUGUGCCUCAGUCAUCUUCAGAGACUUGAAGUAUCUGGUGGAGGAUCUUUCCAGUCAACAUGUUUAUGGACACCCACAACCACAUGUUACAAGGCGUCGAUCUAUAAAUGUCUGGCUAAAGGCUGGAACAAGUAUCUAUCUGCUCUACUUUGUAAUACAGGGGAAUAUUUGUCAGAGCUGGAUGCAAUGACCUUCAUACAAAAUGAAAUCCAAACCCUUAGCUGCUGUGAUUCUCCUUUGGAAUACCUCCGCAAUGAGUACAGUAAAAAGGUUUUAAUGAUUGAUUGCUUAGACCCUUCCGAAUCACACCAGUCUAUACCAGUGUAUGAUAAUGUUAUUCCAAAACUGGAAGCUUGGCGCUCUGCAUUGCAUUUGGUUUUAUUAGUGCUUCAGACAGACGCUGAGAUAAUUACCGGCUCUGCUGCUCAAUGUCAGAUAUUAAAGGCAGGCAUUUUAAAAGAUGAAUGGCUCUUUUUAUAGCUUUUGGCAUAACUGACUUUUUUUCUUCCUGAUAAAUCUUCAAUUGUUACUUACAACAUAUCAACAUAUUUUUACAUUGAAGAGAAAUUCCCCCUUGUGAACCACAGUAGGAAACAUAAAUGCAUCUUUUUUGUUGGGUGUAGUUUCACAACUCUAAUAUUGGUGUCAUGGCUGGUGAAAUACUUUGGACUAGUUUAAUAAUAGCAGUAAAAAUGUAUUUCCUUGUUUCCUUAAUUACAUGUAUUUGUUGAUGCUGGGGCCUUAGUAAUGUCUUUUAGACAGUUAAGCCAUGUUAUGCAAGUGCUAUUAGCAUGAACGAUGUUCCAGCACUACCAUUUUUUUUUUUUUUUUUUAAGUUGGCCAUUUAGACGCCAUGUAGAUGUGAUAAUUUCUAUUUAUUAAAUUUCUGGCAUAAAUUAUGACAAUCUUACUUUACUGAAGUAGUUAUAGUAGAAAUGUGGAACUGCACUCUGUCCCAAGUGUUAUGUAGCUGGGUGCAACCAGGCCAGUCCCAGUACCAGGGACCAAGUACUAAUAGCAGAUAGAAGAAAGGUCCAGGCACUCCACGGUACAAAAGG